AUGUCGUUCCUCGGCGGGCCUGAGUGCUCGACCUCGGGCAACCCGCUCAGCCAGUUCACAAAACAUACACAAGAGGACAACAGUCUACAACGGGACCGCAUUCAUAAUGGCGGCCCUCAGGCUGGCGUGGGCGGCUUCCGCAGCGCCGGCCAACACGGUCCGCAAGAUGAGAUGAUGAACGGCUUCAUGCAGCAGAACGGCCGGUUACCCGAUAUGCCGCUCGAAGGCAUGAGCCAGGUACGAAUGGACCACCCAGCGCACGGCGUCCACCUCCGAGCGAACUCGACCUCCCCGUCGUGGGCCAUCGAAUUCCAGCAGAACCCCCAAGCAGCCAUGGAGUCGGCGUUCAAGGUUCCCCAGGGGACCGAGUUCAGCCCCGACGACUACGCAAAGUUCCAACAAAUGCAAAACCAGGCGACCUCGUCACGGUCAAGUCCCAUGCCGUCAGGUAUGCAAUACCAGCGUCCGAUGAUGGGGAUGGGAAUGGGCAUGGGGAUGGGCAAUAUGGGCAUGAAUUACGGUAUGGGUGGCAUGUACAACAACCCGAUGUAUCAGCCUGCGCAACAACCUAUGGAAAGAGCAGACCAAGGAAAGGGGAAGGGAAAACUAGUUGAACUUGACGACCAACAAUGGGAAGAGCAGUUCAAGCAACUGGAGUUGCAAGAUAAAGAAUUGCAGGAAGGUGACGAGGCCGCAGCGAUGGAACCGGAGCUCAACAAGCUAGACGAGCAAAUCCUAGAGUCGGAAACAAACGAGUUUGGAGACUUCGAGUCAAUAUGGAGAGGCAUCCAGGCCGAGCGUGCCGCCGCUACGGAGACCGUCGACGAAGAGGAGUGGGUCGAUCAGCUUGGGGGCCCCGAAUGGAGUGAACACUUUGGAGAUUGGAACGGUCUCGGUGCCAAUAGCAGACUUAUUGGUGACCCCCAAGUGGAUGACUAUCUCUUUGAGGAGGACAACCUCUUUGAGGACACCGCAAAUCCCUUCGAGGAGGGUAUGCGGAUUCUAGAGGAGGGAGGCAACCUCUCACUGGCCGCGUUAGCCUUCGAGGCCGCGGCGCAAAAGAACUCUUCACAUGUCGAAGCCUGGGUGCAGCUUGGCAUAGCUCAGGCUCAAAACGAGAAAGAGACGGCGGCGAUUCGGGCGCUCGAACAAGCCAAGAACCUCGAUCCUAAUAACGCCACUGCACUUAUGACUCUGGCUGUCUCUUAUACGAACGAAGGCUAUGACAGUACAGCAUACCGGACUUUGGAGCGGUGGCUAUCGAUCAGGUAUCCUUCCAUCAUAUCACCCGCCGACCUUUCCCCAGCAGCAGAUCUGGGCUUCACCGACCGACAGCAGCUACACGACAAGGUUACCCAACUGUUCAUCAACGCUGCGCGUUUGAGCCCGGACGGCGAACACAUGGAUCCUGAUGUGCAAGUGGGCCUAGGCGUUCUCUUUUAUGGUGCUGAAGAAUACGACAAGGCGGUAGACUGCUUCUCGUCUGCUCUAGCAUCCUCAGAGUUGGGUCUUUCCAACGAACAGAACCAAAUCCACCUGCUGUGGAAUCGACUUGGUGCGACGCUUGCAAACAGCGGCAAGAGCGAGGAUGCUAUCGCGGCGUAUGAAAAAGCCCUUACGCUCCGCCCGAAUUUCGUACGGGCGCGAUACAACCUCGGAGUGAGCUGCAUUAACAUGGGAUGCCACAGCGAAGCCGCGGGUCACUUGCUGGCAGCGCUUAACAUGCACAAGACGGCCGAGAAGGAGGGCCGCGAGCAGGCCCGGGAGCUCCUAGGGGGCGAGGCCAGCGACGCGCAGAUCGACGCCAUGACAACACAGAACCGCAGCACGAACCUCUACGACACGCUGCGGCGCGUCUUCACGCAGAUGGGCCGUCGCGACCUCAGCGAGCAGGUGGUCAGCGGUGUCGACCCCGACAUUUUCCGGGGCGAAAUCGACUUCUAG